AGUGUUGUAGAUGGCAGCAGUGUCAACAACGUCAAAAGGCGCGAAACGGGGCUUAGUGUUCGUGUUACGUCUUUCGCUAGAAUUUUAUAGUUGGGAAAUUUGUGUAAUGGGAUUCGAAGUCCGCGUGUGGUGAUUUUGUUGCUGCAUAUUGCUUUGUCGAAGUAACAAAAUACCAGCAAACUCUUAAUAAGGUUCAGAAGUAAAAUAAUUGUUAACAAAUGGAUAUCAACGAAAAUAUUGAACAUAUCGUCAAGUCCAAUGUGGAUUUGGAAAAAUGUCUCACCAACCGUGAUUCUAAAGAUAACAUUACGUUUGGAUCAGGUGUGAAAUUUUCAGAUCCAUGCAUUGUUGGAAUAGAUGAAGCAGGAAGAGGUCCUGUUCUUGGACCAAUGGUUUAUGGCUUAUGCUAUUAUCCACUGGGGAAGGAAAGCAUCUUUAAUGAUUUAGGAUGUGCUGAUUCCAAGACUCUUACAGAUGAGAAGAGAAAAGAUAUAUUUCAGAAAAUGUGUUCUGACGAUGUAGGAUGGAUUGUGGAAGCUCUGUCACCAACUUUCAUUAGUAACAAUAUGCUGUUGAGAAGUAAAUACUCACUUAACCAAAUUGCACAAGAUUCUACUGUUGGACUUCUGAACAAAAUUAUUUCUAUGGGGAUUAACAUAGCCGAAGUUUAUGUGGAUACUGUUGGCCCACCAGAAAAAUAUCAGGACAAAUUAAAAUCUAUAUUUCCUGAAUUCAAGAUAGUUGUGGCUAAAAAGGCUGAUUCAUUGUAUCCUGUUGUAAGUGCUGCUAGUAUCUGUGCCAAAGUCAGUAGAGAUACAGCAUUAACGACUUGGGUGUUUACUGAGGACUUUGAAAUAUCUCUUGAAGAAAUUGGAAGUGGAUACCCUAAUGAUCCUGUUACAAAAAAAUUUCUAAAAGGAAAUUUGGAUAAGAUUUUUGGAUUUCCGCAGUUGGUACGGUUUAGUUGGUCCACGGCAGACAAAAUUCUUGAAGAUGAAUCAUUUUGUACUGAAUGGGAAGAUGUGGAAGAAGGAGCCUCGGAAAAAACGCCUAAUAUUCUUGGAUUCUUCAAAAAGGAUCCACGCAAGAAGGAGCAUGCCAAACAUGAAUUCUUUAAGAAGCGGAAGUUAAUGAACACAGAGAACUUGUAAAUGUUUAAUUUUCUAAAUUGAAGGUGUUAUCAAUCUUCCUUAAAAGAGAAAAGUCACUUCAUUUCAACUUGCAUUGUCUCAAUUCGUCAAAAAAUUAUUCUAAAAUGAAUCUUAUGAUAUUAAUGUAACAAAAUCUCUCUCUUUAUUAAAUACAAAAAGAGAUUAAUUUUGCUUUUUCCUCCAGUUUUGUUUUGUUUUGUUUUGUACAAUUUGAGUAAAUGAAGAUUUAAUGAAGUGACUUUUUAAUUUUGUACUGUAUAUAUUUUUGUGGUUACCAAUAAGAUAUAACUGACUUCCUACCUUUACUCAAAAGAAUCUCUGAAGAACAACAAAACUCGAUUAUAUUGAGUUAAAUAUUCUCAAAUGUAGUUGUUGGGUGCUAAGAAAUGAAGUUGCGUGAUAUUAUCAAUGAAGAAAAUCAACUCUGGAAUUUCUAUGAAAGGUAAGCUGUAUAAAAAAAGUCUCUAAACAAUUCCAUGGAAGGUGCGUAGAAAUUUAUUCUGUAAAAAUUUUAAAUGCUACAAAUAUCAAACAAGUGCCACUCAUAUAUCUUGUAUAGGAAAAUGUCUGGUGUGAGAUUUUUAAUAUCAAAACUUAUGUAUAAAACAGCAAUGUUUAUAACAGCAAGAAAUAUUGUAAGUAUUGCAAGGGUGAAUUGUGCAACAAAGUGUUUACAUUUCAAUUUUGUUAGUGAUAAUUUUGCUUCAUUUUAUAAUAACAGUGAACUAUUUGGCAUAAGAUCUGAUGUACAUUGUUGUAAAAUGUUGCACAAUGGUAAAUUUUCACGGUUAUGGAGGUGGUCCCUCGAAUAUAAAUUUGUAAUGAAAGAAGAUAAUUAGAAUGAGAAGGAUCAAUGAAGAGAAUGAUGAUAAUCAAAGAAGAGAUGGUUUUUGAUCAGAGAGAUUUUGAAAGAAAACUUCUGUCAAAGACUUACUCCGUAAUUUCACUCCCAGAUUUCCAGAAUAUCUCCUAACAAACACUAUUUUCAUUGACUAAUAUUUUUGAAAAACAUUUUUUGUGCAUGUUGGGAAGAAUAAAAACUUGAAUUAUUAAAACUGUUUCCAUUAUUUUGUAUGAAUUGACUUUUGAGAUGACCUGACAAAAACAAUUUAAAAUACUUGCUGUGAUAUUACUCAAUAAACAAAUAAUGGAAGUCAUCUCUAUCAACAUAAUAUGAUGGAAUGAUGGAUAACUGAAGUUGACAGAGAUGACGUUCAUUAUUUCAUAUAUAAACCUGGAAUCUGGUUGCAGUGUUGAGAAUUCCAAAGGGGGGCUGCUUGAGGUCGAGGGGAUGCAAAUACUACUAACUACGCCAACGGUAGACUUCUGGUGUUCGAAUGAUGGCUUGACACGGUGCCAGUUAUGAAGAACAAGGGUUGUAGGGGGGAGCUUGCUUGUUGUGAGACUACUUCAGGAACGGAGAGUGUCAGGGUUACGCUGGUGUCCACACGUUCCUACUGCACGUGUGCACAGCGAAUUGCCAGGAGGGGGUGCUGGGGCGUAAUUAGCGUGACUGGUUCUGGCACCGAAGACCUGUUAACUUUGUUUCUCUUACAAAUUCAUGUAUGUAUAUAGCGACGAUGUCAUUUAUAAU